AUGUUGACCUCGUUGUCACAACACCAGCCGGACGCGCCGCAGGCGAUUCUGCCGUUGUCGCAUGGCAGCGGUUGCGAUGUCGCUCACGCCUCGUCCUCCGUUCAGCAGUGCAUCAACGAUCCAGCAGGCGACGACUCACUAAAAGAGAUUUCACACAUCCCUGGUCCAUGCAAAGCGUGCGACGCAUGCGAAGACAGCGACAUUCGCGGGCUGUGCGACCCAUUUCUCCCGCGGGCGACACCAGGGCGUGCGGACACAGCGACAGGAGCGAUAUCCGACCAGAGAGCGGGUGACGGGGAUAGGCGGGGAGAAUGCGGUGAGGCGGAAGAAGCGCGCGCACAGCGGGGAAGGAGCCCCACUCUUGAGGCGAUUGACGUUGAGGCAGGCAUGAGCCCCGCCGGGGAUUUUGCGCGGACUCCGAAGCUAGAGGCGGAAGAAGAAGCUUGCGCGCAGCGGCGGAGGAGCCCUACCCCCGAGGGAGUCUUUGCGCGGACUCCGAAAGUAGAGGCGGAAGAAGCAUCCGCGCAGCGGCGGAGGAGCCCUAUCCCCGGCGAAGUCCUUGCGCGGACUCCGAAGCCAGGGGCGGAAGAAGCGUGCGCGCAGUGGCGGAGGAGCCACACCCCCGAGGCGAUCGACGUGAUGAGCCUGCUGCAGGGGCUCAGCGACGGGGAGGAGGAGGCGGAAGGGGGAGGGGAGGCGGACGGGGAGGGGGGGGAGGACGCGGACGGGGAUGGGGGAGAGGAGGCGGAGGGGGGAAGAGAGGCGGAUGGGGAGGAGGGGGAGGGGCGCGAAUUCGAUGGGAAGGAAAAUGAGGUGAGGGAAGUGGUGGACAGGGAGAAAGUGGAGGUGAGGGAGGAGGCGGACGGACAGGGAACCAGGUGGGUGGGGGGGAAGGCACAGGGGGUAAGCGCAGGAGCAGGGGCAGGGGGCGAGGGCGGGGAAGGGCUAUUGGCGGGGUUCGGGGGAGGAAGGGGCGGAGCGGGGGAAGAAGCGGAGGUGGGGGAGGUGGGUGGAGAGGAGGUGGAGAAGAGUCAUGGUUGGACGAGGGAUCUUUGGAGGAGUUGGGUGCGGUGGAGGCGGGUUUGGAGGAGAGCGUUCAGUCGAAUGACGUGGAGGUGGAGGGGAUGGGGGGGAGGGGGGGGGAGAGGGGCGGAGGGGAGUGUGGUGGAAUGGGUAGGCAGGGGCGAGGGGGAGGAGGUUGAUGGGGGGAUGGGUGGGGAGAGUCGAUUGCAGGGGAGGGUAGGGGAGGAGCGGGAGAAGGGAGACGAAGGAGAGAAGGGAGAGGAGGAAAAGCAGUGUUUGCGGGAUUUGAAGGAUGGGGAAGAAAUGGAGGAUGGAGAGGGAGUGGAGGAUGGGCAAGGGGUAAACGAUAAGGGUGGGCCUGGCGGUCGGGUGGGUUUGGAGGAUGUGAAGGGACGGGAGGGUGGGGAGGAGAUGAGGCAUGAUGGCCAGAACGGAGGGAAGAACGAGGGAAAGGAUGGGGGGAACUGGGAGGGUGGGAGGAGACUAGGAGACAGAGAGGAGGCCGAGGGGAGAGGGAGAGAGAGACGGAAGGACGAUGAGGGAGGGGUGGGAGAUGCGAUGAGGGAAGAAAAGGAGGUUGAAGGUGGUGAGGCAGGAGGAGAGGCGAGGCGGAAAGAAGGGAAGGCUGACGCAGAUGGGGCAGGGGGGCAGACGAGGAGGAGGGAAGAAAAAGGGGGUGAAGCAGAAGGGGCAGGAGGCGAGGCGAGGAGGGAGGAUCAGGGGCAGGGCGGAGGUGGGAAGGGGAGGUACUGGGGGCUGGUGAGCAUGGGCGUUCUGGCAUGGCUGCGAGAGGAGGGGACGGAGGAGGGGACGGAGGAGGGGAGGAAGGAAGUGAGGGAGGAAGUGAGGGAGGAAGCGAGGGAGGAAGUGAGGGAGGAAGUGAGGGAGGAGGGGAAGGAGGAGGUGAGACAGGAAAUGAGGGAGGAAGAGAGGGAGGAGAGGGUGGAGAGGGAGGAGAGGGAGGAGAGGGAGGAGAGGGAGGAGAGGGAGGAGAGGGAGGAGAGGGAGGAGAGGGAGGAGAGGGAGGAGAGGGAGGAGAGGGAGGAGAGGGAGGACAAGGAGGAGAGGGAGGCGGAGCACAUAGCAGGUGCAGGGGAACUGGAGGAGGAUGAAGACUUGGUGGAGGAUGGGGAGGUUAGAGGGGUGACUGCCCUCUCGGCCGGCAGCAGCAGCGCCUUGGCUGCAGAGUACAAGCAGCACGUGGGGAGGGACGAAGAGACUUUUGAGUCGUCUCAAAAGUCACCUCAGUACGAGCAGCACGUGGGGAGGGACGAAGAGACUUUUGAGUCGACUCAAAAGUCACCUCAGUACGAGCAGCACGUGGGGAGGGACGAAGAGACUUUUGAGUUGACUCAAAAGUCACCUCAGUACGAGCAGCACGUGGGGAGGGACGAAGAGACUUUUGAGUCGACUCAAAAGUCACCUCAGUACGAGCAGCACGUGGGGAGGGACGAAGAGACGGGCGGUUUGACAUUCCUCCUGAAGGAAAGCAGAGCGGUGCUAUUGCGUGGAGGGUCAGAUGAGGACGAGGAGGAGAGGCGUGGGUUGAGCCCUCUCCUGGCGAGCAGCGAAAUAGCCAUGAGCAGAAUGGAAGAGGCGUGGAGGGAGGGCGCUGGUGAGAGGAGUGCCGGGAGUGUGGUUGUGAUCAAUAUGGAGGCAGACGGGGAGGAGGAGGAGGAAGAGGAGGGUUCAGGGGUGGUGUCCAUGCGUUGUGCGGAAGGGAAUGGGAUGGGGGAGAGCGGUGGGAGCAAAGAAGCGGUUGAGGGAGGAGAGAGAGGCGAGAGGGCUGGGGAAGGAGAAGGGGAUGGGUUGUCUGGGAGUAAACCAGACGUGAUUACAGAGUUAGCUCAGAAGUCAUCAGAGGCCGAGGGAAGAGAGGCGGCUAAAAGGGCUGGCAAGCGAAAAGGGGAUGAAUCAGCUGGGAGUAGAGCAAAGCAGGGCAGAGGUGCUGCAGAGGAAUGGGUUGAACGGGGUGAGAAAGCCGUUGUUACUGCUACUGGGGCUGCUGGUACCGAGGGGGAGCAGAGAGAGAGGUGUGUGUUUGACCCUGACCUCCUCGCGUCGAUGGAGGACGUGUUUAAUCGCCACAGCGCUGCUGACUGGAGCAAGGUCACCCCGCCCAUCAGCCCAGGGAAAGGUGAAAGCACGGGGGAGAUGCAAGGCAGCACGGACCAGCUGUGUGUGGCUCGAGGUGUUACAGGGGACGAGGGCGCGGCACUGAGAGCUCGCCCUACCCUAGAGAAAUUGCCGAGCCUGGGGAAGGUGCCAAACCUAGAGAGUGCACCGCCGAGCCUGGCAGAGGUCCGGAGUCUUGAGGGUGCGGAGCUAGCAGAAGACCUGCAGGUCCCGGAGAUUGUGUCGAGUGUACAGCAUGCGCCGAGCCUACAGGAGGUGCCGGGCCUACAGGAGGCGCCGAACCUACAGGAGGUGCCGAACCUACAGGAGCAGCGCGACCAUUCUCGUCCUGAGAAUGGUAGUGGCAGUCUCUAUUCUCAGGGCAGUCCCGGCCGGCUGCUUUUCCUCUCUAUAAGCAGCCUCCGUUUCUCUGCUGGCGCUGCGUCUAGUGCUCAUACCGUUGCAUGGGACAAUGUCUCUGGUGGUGGUGGCGGCUUUGACACUGCCGGUGCUGCGGUUGGUGCUGCUGUUGCUGGUGGUGGUUCUGCCACCGCUGAUGUCGGUGCUGCUGUUGGUGGUACCAGCUGGCGGAUUGGAGUGAACAGUGCUUCUCUGCGUCGUCUGCUCUCCUCUGCUGCCUUGGACGCUGAAGGGGGAAAGGGGGGAGAGGAAAAAGUUGAAUUGGAUAGCGGUGGGGGAAAGGCGGAAGAGAUUGGGGGAGAGGUGGGAGCAGCAAGGGCAGGGGAUGGGGGAGAAGCAGUGACGCGUGAGGCAGCAGCAAUAAUACUCAAGGUGAGAGGGGAGACGCUCAAAGUUUCACAGUUUCGCAUGGGUGCUGUGUUUGUUGCCGCAUGUGCGUAUGCUAAGAACUGUGAGGAGCAACUUCGAGGCCUGCUGUGCUGUCAGACAGAUGCUCAAGGUGAGAAGCAGAGUCGAGGUGAGAAGCAGAGUCGAGGUGAGAAGCAGAGUCGAGGUGAGAAGCAGAGUCGAGGUGAGAAGCAGAGUCGAGGUGAGAAGCAGAGUCGAGGUGAGAAGCAGAGUCGAGGUGAGAAGCAGAGUCGAGGUGAGAAGCAGAGUCGAGGUGAGAAGCAGAGUCGAGGUGAGAAGCAGAGUCGAGGUGAGAAGCAGAGUCGAGGUGAGAAGCAGAGUCGAGGUGAGAAGCAGAGUCGAGGUGAGAAGCAGAGUCGAGGUGAGAAGCAGAGUCGAGGUGAGAAGCAGAGUCGAGGUGAGAAGCAGAGUCGAGGUGAGAAGCAGAGUCGAGACAGAUGCUCAAGCUUGCAUCUUCCCCUCUCUCCUUCGUCGUUCGCUCCCUCUCUCUCUUUCCAACCCUCCCCCAUUCAGGCGCACAUCAUCCCCUUCCAUGAGAGGGACGUGUCUCUCCAUCUGCCCUACCGCCAGCAGCUCAGAGCCCUCAUAAGCCGCUCCUCCCUCUCCCUGCCGCACCUCUUUGCUGCUGGCUGCUACUUUGGGGGCGCUGCUGCUGUGCUGCGCCUGGGGGAGCAGGGGCUGCUUCUGCCGCUGCUCGCUGCUGCUCUGGCGGAUGGUGUUGGUGAUGGAAGGGGUGGGAUGAGGGGCGGUGGAGCAAUGGCAGGAGGGAGAACGGGAGAAGGACGAGAAGCAGGAGGAGCAGAAACGGCUCGAGAGGCAACGGGAGAGGAAGUAAGAGGAGGAGAACGAGGAGGAGAAAGAGGAGGAGAAGAAGCGGCAGGAAAGCCUGGGGAAGGAGCAGCAGCAGCUGGAGCAACAAUGGCUCCAGCAUUCGACUACCCUCAAGGGGCAGCAGCAGGCACCAGUACUGCUGCUAUCACGGGCACUGUCAGUCACGCAAAAGCAGCAGAGAGUGGUGGUGACUCGCAUUGCACUACGACUGUAGAGCCUUGUAAGACUGGUGUGACUGGCGCUGGUGUGACUGGCGGCGCUGGUGUGGCUGGCAGAUCCAGCGUGAGAAGAGCACUGUUCCAUAGCAGCAACGGGGGUGCACAAGGUAAUAAUGCAGCCAGCAGUGCUGCUGCCAGGGAUGUUUUCGCCGAUUUUACUGCUUUGGCAGGCCCUGCCGGGGUAGGCCCUGCUGGGGUAGGCCCUGCUGGGGUAGGCCCUGCUGGGGUAGGCCCUGCUGGGACAGGCCCAUUCGUGCCAGCCUUUGCUGUGCCAGCGGCUGCUCUGUACUCGGGCGGUUAUGGCAGCAGCUGUGGCAGCAACAGUGUGCUUCUGCCGCCAGGCGUGCACUCGCCCGCCCACAUGGCAGCAGCGGCGGCCUGA